AUGGAUAAAGUUGAACAUGUUGUAAGUGCUAUAUAUCAAGCAUUUGAUACCGAUAAUAAUGGCAAAGUUGAUUUUAAAGAAUUUGUUAUUGGAUUUUUAUUAACAACAAAAGGAUCUAUGGAAGAAAAACUUGAUUAUACUUUUCAACUCUACGAUAUCGAUAAAGAUGGUUAUAUCGAUCAAUCUGAAAUUGAUGUUAUGGCUAAGUAUGUAUAUCGAAUGUUAGGCGGUAAUGGUACUGAAUUUGGUUCGAUUGAAUUACUUAAACAUUUUAUUAGUUCAUGUCAUUGUAAUGAACAAGGAUUGAUAACAAAAGAAAAUUUUAUUCGUGCUUUAUCUAAAAAUGAAUUACUUUGCCAAUUAUUAUCUCCUUUUACUUAA